UCGUUGGAAGAUUUGCGGCAGUCGCCAUCUUUUCCCUGAGGCUUGGUGCAAGUUCACACAAAAGAGUCGUGUUUUCUCGAAAACCAUGGGUCGAAAGAAAAAGAAGCCAGCAAAGCCGUGGUGUUGGUACUGCAACCGGGAGUUUGACGACGAGAAGAUCCUGAUACAGCACCAAAAGGCCAAGCACUUCAAAUGCCACAUUUGCCACAAGAAGCUCUACACUGGUCCCGGGCUGGCCAUUCACUGCAUGCAGGUGCACAAGGAGACCAUCGACAAGGUUCCCAAUGCUUUGCCCAACAAGAACAGCGUGGACAUUGAGAUCUACGGCAUGGAGGGGAUCCCAGAGGAAGACCUGAGGGAGCACGAGCGCCAGAAGCAGGACCGAGGGGGAGGAUCGGGUGAUGAGCAGGAUGAUGACAGGCCCACCAAGCAGCCUCCACCCCAGGUGAGUUGGCCUACCGCCUCGAGUUCCCAGCAGUCCGUGAUGCAGGCACAGCAGGCGGCAGCCCUCGCGGCAGCCCAGCUCAACCCAGCCCUGGCGGGCACGGUGGCAGCACCCAUGGGCAUGCCAGGGGUCAUGCCCGGUCACCUUGGACCCAUGCACCCGGCUGUCAUGGGUGGCAUGCCUGGCAUGCCCCCCUUCGGAGCACCACCGGGCAUGCCUCCUGGCAUGCCCCAUCCGAUGGCUGGUGCACCGCACCCAAUGGCGCACCACCCCAUGGCACCCAUGGGAAUGCCACCGUUCAUGGCACAUGGGCUCCACGCCGUUCGCUCCUCCAGGGGCAUGCCGGGCGCUCCCAUGCCCAUGAUGGGCGGACUCAUGCCACCACAGCCGGCACCGCCAGCCCAGCCGCCUGUCACUCAAGCACCGCCCAAGCCACUCUUCCCAGCGGCACAGGCUGUUGCCACGGCGACCACCACGCCCACAAAGCCUACCUUCCCUGCUUACAGUACAUCCUCGCCCAGCAGCACCACUGCAUCAUCCACACCGACAUCCACGUCAGAGCCUGCGUCCAGCACGCCUCCGACCAGCAAGGCGGUGGUCUCCGCGCCACCUGACAUCAAGAAGCCGGCUCUUGUCGUCCCUGCUGGUGCUUCCAGCAAGAUCAUCCAUCCGGAAGAAGACAUCUCCCUGGAGGAACGGCGGAUGAGGCUUCCCCAGUAUCAGUCAGCCGAGGCGAACCAAGCUGCUUCCAAGCCUGCCGCGCCUCCUUCGGGUGCCCCUCCUCCAACGGUCAAUGGAGCCCUCCGACCACCGGUGCCCAUGCCCCCUGGCAUGGCCCCUGGCAUCCCGCCCGGGGUGCCCCCAGUGCCAUACCGCCAUGCAGGGGCUCCGCCCAUGCCGUUCCCUCCGCAGCCCGGUGUGACACCUCCCAUGAUGCCCCGGCCAUUCUAGGCCCCUUUCGUCACACUCGUCAUCAUCAUCUCUUGCUCUUGUUGACUCCACCGGAGCAGAUAAGUGGUCAACGAUGCUGUCUUCCCGGCUCUUCCCCCCCUCGACGCCCCUGCAGCACCCUUAUGGCAGAGGGGGCGUGUUCGAAGAGAGGGGGGAGAGGCAGGGGUCCGCUCAACAAGGUUUGUUGCAGCGAUUGCAACGGCGAUGUCUCCUCACCUCCGACCAACUUCACGAAGCUCCUUUCACUGACACACGCCUUCUCUCUAUCUCUCUCUUUCUCUUCUCCUCCCGUUUGAACUGUGCUCGCUGUCACAUACCUUUGUUUUGUUUUUUUCUGGCCGUCGCCAACUGUCUGCGGGCACACACGACACAGUAAGUCUCGAAGCAGGCAAGUGUUUCAUUGUCAGUUGAACACCAUUUGCGCUUGCGAUGUACUUGAAGGGAAAAACGGAGGGAAGCACACACAAACACACACACUGGGUGUGGUUGUGAUCGAGAGAGACCGUGGCGUUCCUGCAAACGAGCUUGUGCCGACAAGGUAGGGUUCUCUCUGUCGCGCAAGGUAGGCGAAAAACAAAUAUAAUAUAUCCAUUCUGUGAAGUUUGUGCGUGUUGUACGUUGGACGCUGUGACUGCCGAAGUUGUGAUCAUCAUCUAGAAGAAGACUCGUGCCCAAGGUUUGUGCAGGGAAGUCAUCUUUUCUAUGUCAUUAUGUGCGUACUGUGUGUACAUUCAUUUCUUUCUUUUUAUUUGAGCUUCCGUCUCCCUGUGUCCUUCUCCCCGCAGUGUGUGAACGUCAGAAAGUGAGCGAAAAAAGGAAACCAAAGUUUUAAUUUGGUCCUGUAAUUUCCUUGCUUGUUGCUGUUUAUUUUGUUCAGUUUUUUUCCGCUGUCAUAUGGGACGAGUGCAUUUGAACCCCAUGUUGAAGAUGGUGCGUAGUAAUAAAUGACUCCGUUUUGA